AUUUGGGAAAUGAAGGGAGGAGGGAACUACUUUCCUGAAACUUGCUAUGCUGCACACGACUUCGAGUUGCAGUGAUUCGUCCGGAGACCGCAGCUUUUAGUCCUCCAACCCGCACGCCCUCACUCCCAGGGCACCCUGCUCGGCAACCCCACCCGGUGGUCACUUUGGCCCUCGGGGGAAGCCGGAGGCCGGGAGAAGUCGCCAGGGACUACUUCGCCUCCUCCUGCGGGAGCCCCCAGUUCGGGCAGCAGCGGCGGCGGCGGCACGGCGGAAGGAGCGGGCGGCGUGAGCGCUUCCGCCGCCCCCCUCGCGGCUCCCCUCUGGCGGGUGUGGGGAGGUGAGGAGCUGGCCCGCGGAGCUGCUGCCGGGCACUGGCUGGUGGGGGACUUGCGGCCGCUCUCCUGGCUCUCAAGCUGCUUCUCGGAACCCUGCUCCCCGGGAGUGGCUGGUCUUCGUCGGCCCGGCGGGAGCGAUUGGCUUGCUUGCCACCGCCGCACACGCUCCCCGCCGCCCCCUCUUCCCCCUCUGGAGUCGUCCCGGCUGGAGCGUGUCUGGAGGAAUCUGCCACCGAAGGCCCCUCGCCCGGUUCCGCUCGUUUUUGAGGACCGCCCCACUUGCUGCCUGGGGCUGAGCGGGUAGCCUGCAGCGAGGCGGGAGAUGGUGGGGUGGGCUCCGGUAGGACCGCGCCGCCGUUGCCGGGAGCCUGGGCUCGGCACCCCCCUGCCGGCCCCCACCAAGCCGAGCUCUGCUUCCUCCUCGCUGCAUCCCUGAGGGAAGCGCCGCCUCUGCUCCGGGCUUCUUUGCUCGCCCGCCCGCUCGCCCGCUCUUUCCCUGCCGGACCCUGCCGGACCCCGCCGCACUCCACCCCAGUGGCGGGAGGAGCAGCUCUCCAGUCAGCCCUUGCAGGACCCCUUUCUUUUUUCCUUUCCACGGACCCUCCCCGGCCUCCUCGGAUCACUUGGCUGGGCACUGAGUCUAGGGAAGAGGCUGGGGUCGCCACGGCGGAGGUUGUUGCCGCCACCCCCCUGCGGGGGUGGCCAGGGUUCCCGGCUGGGGGGGCACCGUUCUGGGUGAGGCAUCCACCAUGGUGAGGCCCCUGAGCCGCUGCCCCCUCGCCCCCCCGGCCGUCGCUGCCUCCUGCCCCUCGGUGCUGCUGCUGCUCCUCCGCCUACUGUUGCUCCUCCAUCUCCAGAUCGGAUCACGGUGAGGGAAAGAUGAGCGAGGAGACGGCGACUUCUGACAACGAUAAUAGUUAUGCACGAGUGCGAGCUGUGGUGAUGACCCGGGAUGACUCAAGUGGUGGCUGGUUACCGCUUGGAGGGAGUGGACUGAGCUGCGUCACGGUCUUCAAAGUCCCUCACCAGGAAGAGAAUGGCUGCGCUGACUUUUUUAUCCGUGGAGAGCGACUCAGGGACAAAAUGGUGGUUUUGGAAUGUAUGCUUAAAAAGGAUCUCAUUUACAAUAAGGUCACUCCGACAUUUCACCACUGGAAGAUUGAUGACAAGAAAUUUGGCCUUACCUUUCAAAGUCCUGCUGAUGCGAGGGCUUUUGAUAGAGGUAUUCGAAGAGCUAUAGAGGACAUUUCUCAAGGAUGCCCAGCAUUAAAAAAUGAAACUGAAGGAGCAGAAGAUGACUUACAAGCAACUGAAGAGGAUACUCCCAGUUCUCUAGUGAAAGAUCAUCUUUUCCAGCAAGAGACAGUUGUUACCAGUGAGCCUUAUAGAAUCUCAAGACCUUCUCCCUUUGAAGAUUUGAAUGCUAGAAGAGUCUACUUGCAAAGCCAAGCCAAUCAGAUAACGUUCAGUCAUCCAAGCCUAGAUAUUCAGGGCAGAAGUAUAGAAUAUGUACAGCGACAAAUAUCCAAGGAAUGUGGAAGCCUAAAGUCCCAAAAUAGGUUUCCUGUGAAGUCAAUCCGACAUGUCAGCUUCCAAGAUGAGGACGAGAUUGUCAGAAUAAACCCUCGAGAUAUCUUAAUACGUCGCUAUGCAGACUACAGACAUCCUGACAUGUGGAAAAAUGACUUGGAGAGAGAUGAUACUGACUCCAAUAUUCAGUUUUCUAAACCAGACAAUAAAAAAUCAGACUAUCUAUACUCUUGUGGGGAUGAGACUAAGUUAAGUUCACUCAAAGACUCUGUGGCACUUAAGACACAGCCUUCCUCAUUAAAAUCUAAGAAGUCAAAACGAAGAAAAGAAGAUGGUGAACGUUCUCGCUGCGUAUACUGCCAGGAGAGGUUUAAUCAUGAAGAAAAUGGCAGGGGAAAAUGUCAGGAUGCUCCAGACCCUAUUAAAAGAUGCAUAUAUCAAGUUAGUUGCAUGCUCUGUGCUGAGAGCAUGCUGUAUCAUUGUAUGUCAGACUCAGAGGGAGAUUUUUCUGAUCCCUGUUCGUGUGACACUAGCGAUGACAAGUUCUGCUUACGAUGGUUAGCCCUAGUAGCUUUGUCUUUCAUUGUACCUUGUAUGUGCUGCUACGUCCCUUUGAGAACGUGCCAUCGUUGUGGUGAGGCAUGCGGGUGUUGUGGUGGGAAACAUAAAGCUGCUGGAUGAAAGGAUCCAGUGCUGAAAUGAGCUGAAAAUCUUUGUUUCCAGGAACUAGCUAACUUGGAUUUGUGGACGCUUUUGGCAAGCAAUACGAAGUCUUGCCUGGUGUCGUAGGGGCCACACGUGCAGGAAGCAGAACUCAUCAGUUCUUGGCAUUUCACACAUGCUAGCCAUGCCUAACUUUUCCCUUGAGUGCAUGGCAUGUUUUGUUACAGGUUGUAAAAAGUAUUUGCAAAGGGAAACCAUUUCUGGUUAUUGGCUAUAAAAAGUGAGCCUAAAAUACUAGCCAACUAAGCGAGAGUAAUUUCUGGCAUUUUUGUAUAUUUAUGCAUUAGGUGAUGGGACUUUUAAAGGUUUGAAUUCAUGCACUAGGGGACAGCUGAUUUCAGUCUAAGAAAAGUUAACAUUUGGGAAUUAUAAGAAGUUAAACAAGUGCAACUAAAUCAUUUAUUGUUUUUUGAAAGCAGUUUUAUGUAUAAAUAACAAAUGUUUAUAUUUAACUAAAUAUAAGGUACGAAUUAUGACAUAUUAAACUUUUCUUCCGUUCCUAGUUCGGAAGUAGAUGUAUAUAUAUAUCUACUGUCACAUUCCAUUAUAUUUGAAUAUUUUACUCAUCUAGUUAAUAACAUUUUUAUUCCAUGUGAAUGAUUUGAUAUUUUCACCCUCAUUUUCCCUUUGGCUACGAUUUAUAUUGAGUUAUGUCUGUACAUUCUGGUAAUCUAAAAUUCUUAAAAAUAUUCUAAUAGCCUUGAGUGACCAACUUUUUUUUAAAGCACAGAUGUAAUUGUCUAAUGUUCUGAUGGGAACAUAACACUUAUUUUUAUAUAAAAAGUGACUGAGUAAACAUAGAAAAAAGAGGUUUGGGGUUGUUGUUCUGUUUUUUUUUGUGGUAUUCAACCAGCAAGUUGUUUUCUUUCAGAUUUUCCUCCUUCAAAAAAAUUAUAUUGCAUUUACAAAUAUUUUACAAGGCAAAAAAGUGUAACUGGAUAGUUUAGUAUAAAAGUUUUCUCCCGAGAUUUCCAUUUAUCAUUCCAGUAAACCAGAAUUUGUUCAGCUAUGUUACUAAUUUUUUGGCUUAAUCCUCAGUCCUUAUUAUUCACAUAAUAAUA